GAGGAACAAAAUCGACCAGAAUGUUACCCAAGUCCUUGACAAAAAGGAAAGAUCGAGACAGAUGGGCUGAGAAGAAAAGCUGUAGCAGCCCCUGACUGGAAAAGGAAAAAUUAAAAAUCCUAUAUCCCUGCUACACCUAAGUUUGGAUUUAUGAUUGCUGUGUGUGCUGGAGCACUGUGACUGCAACUGACAUUAAGGAAAGCAGCUGCUAUGGAGGCCAGAGGGUUCAGCUUCCCAAGACAAAGGCAAGUCCUGUUUCUUUUUGUUUUUGGGGGAGUGUCCUUGGCAGGUUCUGGGUCUGGACGUUAUUCGGUGGUGGAGGAAGCAGAAAGAGGAUCCUUUGUGGUCAAUCUGGCAAAGGAUCUGGGAAUAGCAGAGGGGGAGCUGGCUGCAAGGGGAACCAGGGUGGUUUCCGAUGAUAACAAACAAUACCUGCUCCUGGAUUCACAGACUGGGAAUUUGCUCACAAAUGAGAAACUGGACCGAGAGAAGCUGUGUGGCUCCACAGAGCCCUGUAUACUGUAUUUCCAAAUUUUAAUGGAUGAACCCUUUCAGAUUUACCGGGCUGAGCUGAGAGUUAGGGACAUAAAUGAUCACUCACCAGUGUUUCGAGACAAAGAGAUAGUCUUAAAAAUAUCAGAAAAUACAGCUGAAGGGGCAGCAUUUCGACUAGAAAGAGCACAGGAUCCAGAUGGGGGACUUAACAGUAUCCAAAACUACACGAUCAGUCCCAACUCUUUUUUCCAUAUUAAAAUUAGUGGCAGUGAUGAAGGCAUGAUAUAUCCGGAGCUAGUGUUGGACAAAGCACUGGAUCGGGAAGAACAGGGAGAACUCAGCUUAACCCUCACAGCGCUGGAUGGUGGAUCUCCACCCAGGUCUGGGACCUCUACUGUAAACAUCUUGGUCUUGGACGUCAAUGACAAUGCCCCACAGUUUACAGAGGCGCUCUAUGAGACCCAGGCUCCAGAAAACAGCCCGGUAGGGUCCCUUAUUGUUAAGGUAUCGGCAGAAGAUGUAGACUCUGGGGUCAAUGGAGAAGUAGCCUAUUCGUUUUUUGAUGCUUCUGAAGAUAUUGUGACAACCUUUCAAAUCAAUCCUCUUUCUGGGGAAAUCCUUCUCAGAGAAUUGCUUGAUUAUGAGCUAGUACGUUCUUACAAAAUAAAUAUACAGGCAAUGGACGGUGGAGGCCUUUCUGCAAGAUGCACAGUUGUGGUAGAGGUAUUAGAUACCAAUGACAAUCCUCCUGAACUGAUCGUAUCAUCACUUUCCAACUCUGUUGCUGAAAACUCUCCUGGGAUGAUACUGGCUGUUUUUAAGAUCAAAGACAGAGACUCUGGAGAAAACGGAAAGAUGGUUUGCUAUAUUCAAGAUAAUCUGCCUUUUUUUCUGAAACCAUCUGUUGACAAUUUUUACAUCCUAAUGACUGAAGGUGCGCUGGACAGAGAGAGCAGAGCCGAGUACAACAUCACCAUCACCGUCACUGACUUGGGGAACCCAAGGCUGAAAACCGAGCACAGCAUAACCGUGCUGGUCUCCGACGUCAAUGACAACGCCCCCGCCUUCACACAAACCUCCUACACCCUGUUCGUCCGCGAGAACAACAGCCCCGCCCUGCACAUCGGCAGCGUCAGCGCCACAGACAGAGACUCGGGCAGCAACGCCCAGGUCACCUACUCGCUGCUGCCGCCCCAGGACCCGCACCUGCCCCUCGCCUCCCUGGUCUCCAUCAACGCGGACAACGGACAGCUGUUCGCCCUCCGGGCGCUGGACUACGAGGCCCUGCAGGCGUUCGAGUUCCGCGUGGGCGCCACAGACCGCGGCUCCCCGGCGCUGAGCAGCGAGGCGCUGGUGCGCGUGCUGGUGCUGGACGCCAACGACAACUCGCCCUUCGUGCUGUACCCGCUACAGAACGGCUCCGCGCCCUGCACCGAGCUGGUGCCCCGGGCGGCCGAGCCGGGCUACCUGGUGAGCAAGGUGGUGGCGGUGGACGGCGACUCGGGCCAGAACGCCUGGCUGUCGUUCCAGCUGCUCAAGGCCACGGAGCCCGGGCUGUUCGGCGUGUGGGCGCACAAUGGCGAGGUGCGCACCGCCAGGCUGCUGAGCGAGCGCGACGCGGCCAAGCACAGGCUGGUGGUGCUGGUCAAGGACAAUGGCGAGCCCCCGCGCUCGGCCACCGCCACGCUGCACGUGCUCCUGGUGGACGGCUUCUCCCAGCCCUACCUGCCGCUCCCGGAGGCGGCCCCGGCCCAGGCCCAGGCCGACUCGCUCACCGUCUACCUGGUGGUGGCGUUGGCCUCGGUGUCGUCGCUCUUCCUGUUCUCGGUGCUCCUGUUCGUGGCGGUGCGGCUGUGCAGGAGGAGCCGGGCGGCGUCGGUGGGUCGCUGCCCGGUGCCCGAGGGUCCCUUUCCGGGGCAUCUGGUGGACGUGAGCGGCACCGGGACCCUGUCCCAGAGCUACCAGUACGAGGUGUGUCUGAUGAGAGAUUCAGAGACUCGCGAGUUCAAGUUCUUGAAGCCAGUUAUCCCCCACCUCCAGCCCCAAAGCUGUGGGAAAGAAAUAGAGGAAACUUCUACUUUCCAGAAUAGUUUUGGAUUUAAUUAUUGAAAGGGACUCAUUUAAUAAAGACAUUUAUUUCUUUAAUAUAUUCUUCUUAGUUAACUACAUUGUGUAUGCCCACCACCAAAAAGAGGCUUUUUUUGUUUGAUUCAUCUUCAACUUUGCAUAUUAUGCUUAACUUUACAAGUUAACUUUUUUUAAAUUUUGUAUCCUGUCUAUGCAUUUCUUGCUGGAAUCCCAUGAGUGAAAUAGAAUUUUUUUCAAAGUUGGCACUAUUAUACUUUUUUGCUAGGUGUAAAUGUCUUUAUUAACUUUUUAUUCAUUGUGUCUAUAUUGUUCAUUAGUUCUUUUCCAAGAACUUUUUACUUGUUUAAAUAAUCUGCUGCAUGUAAUAUGUGCUGUUACUAAUUGCUAUUCCUUCUAUUUUGAAACCGGUAUUCUUAAUGGUUUGCCAUCCUUAAUGUUAAUUAAAAC